CUGUCCUUUUUCCCUCUUCUUCAUUUUGGCUCGCCAUUUCCAGCAAGGAAGGACCACCUUUUUCCCUUGCUACCCCCUCGUUCUUAAGAGAGAGGAAAAAAAAAAAGAUGCCGAUGCUGCUCAUGGCCCCCUCGACGCACCUGAUGCCACGCAGCCUCACACAUCCGGGCGGCGCCUUCUUCCUCGACCCGGCCCAUCGCGUCACGCGCGAGGAGCUCGACCGCCGCGAUGCACGGUGGCGCGCCCUGAGGGAGCGCGCCUACCAGCGAGCCUGGUCCGACGACGCCACGCUCGUCGGCUCUAUCCGCUACUACGCCGCCGCCAGUGCGCGGCAGCGCAGCGCCGCAAGCAUCCUCUCGGAGGAACAACAACAGCAGCGGUCUACCGCGGCGGCGGCAGCGGCGGCGAGGCUCAUGAGCGUCGAGGAGGACUUUGACGAGCUCUGCUCCGUCGCGAGCACCACGACGCCCUACACGCAGCCGCGCCACCACCUGCAGCAGGUCCAGGCCCAGGCUGGCGCCAGGGGAAGCACGCCGAGCGUGAGGAGCGUCCGCACCGGCAGGAGGACCGGCAACAGCAGCGGCGGCGCCCAGAGGAUCCGCAACGCUUUCAAGAAGUGGGUCAACUCCAAGCGGCAAUAGUCAGCGAAAUGCAACGACGACACACACACGAACGACGACUACUUAUUCAUUCAAUGAGCAACGCGCGACGAUCAAACAAACGAACAGAACGACACGAUGAUCAGUCCUCCUCCUCCCUCAACUCUUUCCCCCCUUUCUCGACCUCUUUCUCGCUUGCGUGUCGGCUUUCAGGGUUCUUCAAACAGUGUAUUUAUUUCUCGUGUCUUCUCCUUCAAGCUCUUCCUCCCUUCUCGACCUCCUCAUUUUCCCCCACCACUCUUGUCGGUUCCUCAAUAGUCAUAGACGGGCGUAAUUUCAUCCGGGCUUUGAUCGUGUGACCCACCCCAGCGUUGAGCGAGCAAAGAG